AAUGAAUAUUAUAUGUUGCAUGAUAAUUCUAAUGCUAACAAUUAAAAUAAAUACUACCCAGUCUGAGCAUUUUUUGAGAUUCAAUAGCUCCUAUAAUGAUAAUAUAAUUUUUAAUAAUAGUUCGAAAAGAACCAGUAAAUUUCUUUUUGAUACAAUUUUUCGAAUCAGCUCUGGGGUUUCAAAUGCCUUUGGACUUGACGCAGAAGAUGAAGCAGAAUAUACUGAAAAUGAUAAUUUAAAAACUUGUGACUGCGACUGUGGAUUUUCAAAUGAAGAAAUACGAAUUGUCGGAGGAAAGCCGACUGGUGUCAAUCAGUACCCAUGGAUGGCUCGUAUAAUUUAUGAUGGAAAAUUUCAUUGUGGUGGAUCAUUAUUGACAAAAGACUAUGUUCUUUCUGCUGCUCAUUGUAUAAAAAAGUUACGAAGAUCAAAAAUUCGAAUAAUAUUUGGUGACCACGAUCAAGAAAUUACUUCUGAGAGUCACGCCAUUCAACGUGCUGUAACUGCAGUUAUAAAGCAUAAAAAUUUUGAUCCGGAUACCUAUAACAAUGAUAUUGCUCUUUUGAGAUUACGAAAACCAAUAAUGUUUUCAAAAAUAAUUAAGCCUGUUUGUCUUCCUCGGAAUAAUUACGAUCCUGCAGGACGAAUUGGAACAGUAGUUGGUUGGGGACGUACUUCAGAAGGAGGAGAGCUGCCAUCUAUUGUCAAUCAAGUAAAAGUGCCUAUUAUGUCACUUGCAGAAUGUCGAAAUCAAAAAUAUAAAAGUACGCGAAUUACAUCAACGAUGUUAUGUGCUGGUAGACCCCGUAUGGACUCAUGCCAAGGAGAUAGUGGAGGGCCUCUUUUACUUUCGAACGGAGUGAAAUACUUUAUUGUUGGUGUUGUGUCUUGGGGUGUCGGUUGUGGACGUGAAGGGUAUCCUGGUGUGUAUACAAGAAUAAGUAAAUUUAUUCCUUGGAUAAAAUCAAAUUUAGAAAAUACUUGUUUGUGUUCAUAGUUAUGUAUUUAUUUAUUUAAUUCAAUAAACCAAUUGCGUCAAUGUGUAUGCAAGCUUG